GCUGGAGUCCAAUUUUGAACGCAGUGCUUGUCAGUGUAAUGGCCAACCUAUUUUACACUGCGACGCUGUUACUUCAGGAAACGAAUUUGAGCACCACUUCCACCCUUCGGAUCUGUACGCAAAAUCGAGACCAAACAUGCGCCGAAGUAACGACAUUAGGUUCAACAUAGAAGAGCUGCCCUGUAAACGUGAAUUAUUUAGGUCAUCGUGCAAAAAUCCAAAGCAACAUUAGCACAAUAUUUCCUCUGUGUCUGUGCAGUGGUGAGCCUGCAGCAGCACCCAGAAGUGAACAAAGCGACCCGGAAGCGGUGGUCCGACUGAAGGCAGGCAGAAAGAACAUCAAGCUUUUAUAUUAUAGCUGUACUCGCAAGACAAUAUCUGCAACCAGGACACAAGGUAUUUGUGCAUGUCUUUUCAUCCUUUCAGUACUGUGCAUUUCUCCUACAAGCAGUAGCCUCCUAAAUGCGUGCAUUGUGCACAAAAUGUGAUUGCUGUCCUUUGAUUCGUCCAAAAGUUGCAGAAUGUGAAAAAAAGCAGCCCUCAAAGUGAAUUUGGCAAAGAUGGCACAGCGUUUUUAGACAGACGGAGCAUUGUGCGCCGGUUUCGUCUCGACCUUAACGCAUCGCUACAUUUGUUUUAAUCGGUGUGCUGUUUGGGUCGAGCCUGCAUCUUGUCCGUUUCCGUGCUGUUUUUGCAGGGCAUGGUUGUUGUAGGAAGUGUCAGUUUUUUUAAGAGGUGGGGAGGCCGGGCUAUUCAAACCUGCAAUUCGCCGUAAACAAUCAUUCAUGCCUUUGACAUGAUAAACACACCUUUGUGUCCGCGUCGGCCGCUUUUAUCCCCGACUACAUCCUCAUGACUAAAUCUUCAUGCUCCUAAAUUUUGGGGGUCUGCAGAAUAUGGCGUCCCGCCUUAUAAAAAUAAGGCUGCCAUUUUUGUUUCUCUUUUGUCUGGAAAUGUUUAAAGAAAACUGUCUGAGAAUGUCUGAGUCGCACCGGGAGGGUCGAACCCUGAAACCCUCCACCAGUUUGAGACCGGAGAUGCUCUUUGACCGCCGACAUGUCCGAAAAGUCAAAGAAUUGAAAGUUUUUUUUUUCUACGUUUGAUCAAAUUUGAAGCGACGUCCACUUAUUUUCAGGAAUUCACUUAGACAAAAGGAACAGAGGGGCUAAAUGUGCAAGCCAGACGGCUGAGUCCCUGUCAAACCUCUGUGUUUCUAACAGUGAUCAAUCAUUUCAUGACGUUUGACCCGGGUUAGUUUAAAGGUGACACUGCAGGUCUGGAACACAGAAAACUGAUACUGAUAGACAAAGAAUAAACAACACUUAAAUCUUUACAAUCGAUAACUCUUACUGACUGCACACUUUUUAUAUUAAUGCCUUUAUGGAUUUUAUCUUUAUUAUGAAUGAAGGUAUAUAUACAUUUAUAACUUAUCUCUUAUCUAGUUUUCUCAAAAGAAAUUUUGGGUCAAGGUCAGUGUGUAUAGUGUAUAGUGUAUAUACAACCAUGUUUCAAGUUUUUCUUAAAAGUAAACGUAGUUUGCUGACUUUAUCCAUGAGCAUUUUUUAUGACAAUUGAGCAAAUUCCAGCAACUGAGGAAGACCAUGGAAUCUGGAUGAAAGCUUAAAUACUGUAGUUUGUGAAGUUUUAGUUUUAACAUGACAAAGGUCAAGUUAGAGCCAUUUUACACAUUGUAAAACCCCUGCCUAUCAGGCUUUAUAUGAUCUUUACUUUCUGUUCAUUAAGUUCUGAUUUUUGAGUUUGGCUUUCAAGUUGUUUGAAGAAAAAAUAAUUGAUUUAUCUUUUUUUAAAACCUCAUGAGCCCAAAAUUCAGCAGUUUAUUUGCAUCUCUGUGCUGCAUGAUUAAUUGCAUAAAAGGAAAAGGGUUCUUUUCAAGCUGACUGCAGUGAUUUGAGCUCUACUACGUGCUACUUUAGGACGUGCAUGCAAAGCUAACGAAAAUAAAUGUAAAUAAAUAUAUGUGUUUGUGUGUGUAACGUGGAACCUGUUAUACUUGUGGUUAAAGUGUUAUCUCUCUCUGCCGUGUUCACACUCUGCCUGUAGUUGAGGUUCAGCUCUAAAAUUGUGGACACUUCUGUCUUUGAAAAAUGAUACUUAGCAUCAGCCUUGUCUGGUCCUGACUGUUGUUUGAUAGCUGCUUAAUUGGAAUAACUUGACUUCGAUAAAUAUUUGUUCAAGGAUGGCAGAACCUCGAUUCAACAACCCAUAUUUCUGGCCACCACCACCAUCAAUGCCAGGCCAGGUAAGUCCAUCAACAACAUGCAAUCGCUGACAUUGCACAUUAAAUUUAUUUCAUUGUAAUUCCAUGUGUGAAUGUAUCCUCAGCCAGUCUUCACCAGUCUGUCAGGGAACAUAGUGAGAAGCUGUCCCAGUUUGUCUUGUAGAGCUAAAGAAUGAAGAAUUACUUUGUCCUGGGAUGUGUCUAUUGGGUUGUGAAUGACAUUCACACACGGUGGCUGUUUUCUGUUGAGCAUGACCCGUUAACCCUUUCAGCUGGAUAACCUGGUGCUCAUUAACAAGAUCAAGGAGCAGCUGAUGGCUGAAAAGAUCCGACCCCUACACCUGCCGCCUACCUCCACCCCUUCCCAGCAGCCUUUGUUGGUGCCCACCUCUUCCCCAGAUGGUAGCGCUCAGCACGGUAUGCCAGUGCCAAAGCCACAGCAGCAAUUGACGGGCCAUCACCCGCAGCCACAGGGCUCUGGGCAGCCAGACAUUGCUCUGCAUGCACGCCCUGCCUCCAGCUCCGGACCAGGUACAGUCAUCUCUCCACAUUUUUAACACCGGCCUCUAGUGUGUCAGCAGCAUAAAAUGAAAACUGCCAGCAAUGUAAGCUUUUUCGCCAUGUUUACUAUAAUCAUAUUAAGUUCAAAUCAGAAUAAGAAUAAGAAUAAGAAGAACUUUAUUAAUCCCCGAUGGUAAAAUUCAAUCAGGGAACUAUAGAUAACAUAAGACGUCGGGAUAUUGACCUUUUUACAGGCUGUGUGGUGUUCUUGUAGAUGAGCUUUUCAUACACUAAGGUCUAUGUAUCAUCACCAUGUUAAUGUUCACUGAAUAAAAUGCCAUCACCUGACAACUUCCAGAUGUAAAUAUGGACGACAAGUCAGCGGUGAAGGCCAAAGGACUAUGGGAGGACUGGCACAUGAGACAGCUUAGCGAGCAAUCUGGACGAAUCAACCACCGCUCAGGUACUGAAGUCACCUGGUCUCUGGUCUGUUGACAUUGUAAAGUUUCAGGAAGAUAUCCUCUGGUUUAAAUCACAUCAACACAGUAAAGGGAUGAUGAAGGACAUAACAUAGCUUACAAAGAAGACCGGUGCCUUUUAUACACCUUCAGUCUGAGACUGUGCAUUCAGACAGGAUGAACCACUGAAUACUGAAAUCCUCAACAGUACUUAUUGAAGGUAUCAUCAGUUAGUCAUAUUUGGAUGAUGAAAAACAUCAAAUAAGAUAUUUAUUAGGAUUACCCCCAGGCUUAUUAACAGACAGAGUGUGUAUUGUGCAAGCUAAGCAUCGCAGAGGGAUGCCCAAAAUGCUUAACAAAAACAACGCUUGUUGCUUUCAGGCAGAUAGCAUGUGAUGGUGGUGCACAAAAAUGUUUAGUGUAAGACUCGCAACUAUCAUAUUUGAUUGAUAGUUGUGCAAACUAAAGCCAUAAAACCUGACCUGUGGGAAGACCACAAGAUAGAGUAUAAAACCAGCCAGUUGGUAAGUGUGACACAUAAAUCUUGUUGUGCUGCUAAACAACCACACUGGUGCUUUUGCAAGUUCCAGCCAAUUUGCUCCAAGCCACAUAUUCUUUGUACCAAAGAUAACCACUUUGUUAGCAGUGCCUCUGUGUUUCAGUGAGAAAAUGAGCUUGGUUGAGACUACAAUUUAAAAUAUAUCUUGAUAUUCUUCUUAAAUCAUUGGCUGGACUUAAGAGACUUUUCUAAGUUGUGCAUCAAUCAUUAAACUUAAUGGCAUGUGUGCUCUGUUCUGGAUUCCACAAUGCAUGUACAAAAAGUGUUGAUCGGUAAUGAAGAGCAAGAGCUUAAUUGUAGUACCAAUGUGGUUGUUGGAGUCAUCAAAAACCUCUCAUGCAAGCAUUCGUUAGGUGUUUUUGUUGAGAGCUCUGGGUUUUCCCUUCACAGGUCUGGCUCCUUCCUCUCGACCGGACAGCCACAGCACCUCAGAGGCCCUGACCCCCACAACCCCAACCUCCAGCAGCCACAACCGCCUGGGCGGUGCCCCCUCUGUGAACAUCAUCUCUGGGCUGGCUAGCGGUCCUGGCAUGGACCACAUGAAAGCUGGAGGCCUGGCUGGACUGUUGGGCCCCCCACCCAAAGCACCCCGGGGUCGAAAGAAGAUCAAAGCAGAAAACCCGUCUGGUCCUCUGCUGGUGGUGCCCUACCCCAUCCUAGCUGACCAAGGCUGUGUCACUGUUGCACCCAAAGAGGGCAAAACCUACAGGUUGGGCACUAGAUGCUGCUAUUAAUGCUGUGCAGUUCUGUUACAUUACAGGGUGCUGAGAGGACAGUCCUGCAAAACCAUUAGAAAUAUUUCAUUAUGUUUCAGAUAGAUCAGUAGGCGUUCACCGUGGGUGUUUACAGUAUUCUGUAGAUUACUGAGAUCCGUUGAUGUAUCUUAAGAUAUUCAUGGUCGCCUAUUUUUCACUUGACUCACUUUGUGGCCUUGAAUCCAUUUUUACUAUUAUUCCCUCUAAGCCUUAUAAAUCUUUUACUAAAUACAGCAAAGUCUUCUUUUUUUAUUUACCUGUUUUCAUUUAGAGGCAGGUCUUCACAUCAUAGUCUCAAUGGUCUAGCUGUCUGUUGGCAGAGUUGAUUAUUUCUCCUGCUGCUAAAACACUGUUGAUAAAAAACAUGUUAAACUAGACUUAAGUCAUGGUUCGGGCACGAAGCAGAUCCUAAACCAGCCUUUUUUCCUUUUUUGCCUCCUAGAUGCAAAGUCUGCCCACUUACCUUCCUAACCAAGUCUGAGAUGCAGAUCCACUCCAAGUCCCACACGGAGGCUAAACCCCACAAGUGUCCCCACUGCUCUAAGACAUUCGCUAACGCCUCCUACCUGUCCCAGCACCUGCGCAUCCACCUGGGGAUCAAACCCUACCACUGCUCCUACUGCGAGAACUCCUUCCGUCAGCUGUCGCACCUGCAGCAGCACACCAGGUCAGUUCAGCUGUUGACACACAGCUUUGGGAGACUCUCAAAUGACCAGCUGUUAAGGCAUACAGCCUCUUCUAACAAAUCACUUGGGGAAUGAUGAGCAAAUCUUUUUAAUUCUCUCUGUUCUCUGGUUGUAUCAGUUUUAACCAUGGAAUCUAUUGUUGAAGCUUUUCAACCUUGUUUUAAACACUUCUGCUUGUUUUUGUGCAGCACAACAUUUUGUGUGAUUUUGCUGACUUUUAAACCUGUACUCUUGCUACAGAAUCCACACUGGCGAUAGGCCUUAUAAAUGUGCUCACCCUGGAUGUGAAAAGGCUUUUACCCAGCUGUCCAACCUCCAGGUCAGUACAACUUACCGCGAAGUCCUGCAAUACCCAGGCCAGACAUGAACCGGCUCAUUUCUUUAACUAAUUUCUCACCAAAGUCUGUGUUUCUUCCUCGACAGUCUCACCAGAGGCAGCACAAUAAAGACAAGCCCUAUAAAUGUCCUAACUGCUACCGUGCCUACUCAGACUCCGCGUCAUUGCAGAUCCACUUGUCAGCGCACGCCAUCAAAAACGCUAAGGCCUACUGCUGUAGCAUGUGUGGCCGAGCAUACACCUCAGUGAGUAAACCACAGCUCGUGUGUUUGUUUUCUCCACGUGUGUCAGAAAGGCCCUUCAUACGACUGAUAAGAUGACAGCCUUUACCUCAUUUGGGCUGAAAAAAGUUCUGUUUCCUGUUCGUGAUGUUGAACACAUCAACUUUCCCUACAAACAAAUGUGAACUGAAGCUUGGAAAGAAAAAAAGGGUUUUGUAACAUUAUGGCACCGACAGAUCUGCCAAAUACCGAUUAGCUUAAAACAAAUAUUCUUGAUUACAAAGUAAAUAUUUGACCUAACUUGGAUCAACAUGUUUAUUAUACCUCCUCCCAUCUUCAUUUAAGGAAAGCUGUGAUCAGUACCUUUAUACUGAUGUUUAUAAUCUAUACAAGUCCAAUAAAGAAAAAAUUUCUGUCAUGGUCAUUUUUGUGAAGACACCAUCCAGGUAUCUUCAAGGUGCCAUUGGUCAGUAAAGAAUAAGUGUUACUUACUGGUGGGGACUUAACACAGCAGCCUCUGCCGUCAUCUUAGAGUGGUAGGAAGAGAGAGGAAGAGCUUUAUAAGUCAGUCCAAUGCCUAUUUAUCAUCAAUGCAAAGCCAGCAGUACUAUCACCAAAUUUGGUUUGCAAAGCUCCAGUUCAAACAUAAUAUUUUAUUUAACUCUCUGCAGGGUUAUUUCUUUUGGUGCUCUUACUUAUUGCUUAAUCCAACGCCGUUGUAACAUGGCAUGUAUUCUCGUGAUUUUUGUGAGUUAAUAUGAGGGUUAGUGGUCUCAUAAUAAAAUGACAGUGAUUUUCACUUCUGUACAAUCUGUUGGUUUGAUGUGCUGUAAUUUUGGACCAUUCUUCGUGCCUGCAGGAGACCUACCUUAUGAAGCACAUGUCCAAACACACAGUGGUGGAGCACCUAGUGAGCCAUCAGUCGCCUCAAAGGACCGAGUCCCCCAGCAUCCCCAUUCGCAUUUCCCUCAUUUGAGCUCCUCGGCCGCUUGGCAGCUGGUCGCAUUCAGAGUCUACCUUAGGCUGGAGCUUAUGAGGCCCUGCACCCACAGCCAUCUACAUAAGGCUUACAUUAGCAUUAUGACAGCUGACAUAAGCAUUCAGUGAACAGGCUGCCUCCAUCCAUCACGACAAAGGCCGUCUGUCAAAAAUGAGCACAGCGUUAUUUUGUGAAUGUAACAAAAACAGCUAGAUGUUGUUUGGAGGAUCGAGUGGCAAAGAAUGUCUUGCGUCAGAUUAAAUAAGCACUUUCGUAAGCGUCAUGUAAACUGCCGGAUGCAUUGGCCAUUAGAUAUAAUAUAGUUAGGACCCCCCCUCCUCCAUUAAAUGGUUUCCUAAAAUGUGCCAGGUGAUAUUUGCCCUUAAAAAUUGAGAAAGUAGAAAAAAUGUUUGCUGGGUGUAUUCUGGAGACAUCCAAAGAUAAUCUUUAAGCACUUUUCGGCCUUGUGGUUUUGGCUCAAAUUGUUUCAAUCUCGUCGGAUGGAAAAUGCCAAAGGGCAUUACUCAUGGCAGCUAAGAGUACUGACUGUGUGCUAAUAACAGUCUAUUUCUGUUACUAUCUUUGUUUAUACUCACAUCUACAGGGUCAUCUAAAAUUGAAGCAAGGCAAUCGGUAGAUGACAAUUAAAACAUAUAAUGAUUGUAUUACAAAGUUGUAGUAUUGACUUUGGGAGGCAAAAAUCGAGCAAAAUGUAAGGGAAAAAGAUGAAUGUUUGUUUUUUUUAAACUUCCAAAAUCUUUCACUCCAUAUUUGAUGUUCACUUUUAUGGCACCUUUAUGAUCAUCAUGUAUGAUCAGAGAAACACUGCUUUAGACAUUAUGUUUUCCUCAUGUCCUAUGUACUAGUGCCAUAUAUGAACCUUGCCGAGGUUUUAAGAGGAAGCUAGUCUUGCUUUAGUGUGUGUUUGCUUUUUUUUACCCAGUUAAGCUUUGACUAGUGUUAGAGGUGGAAAAAUUGCACAUGUGUCAGUGCCAGCUGUGCUCUAAUAAGGCCUAAUUUUGAGAGACACUCCAAUGAAAUGACAUUUUAAUGGAGUGGUGGUUUUUAACAUUUGACAUCAGAUAAACAUUGGACCAAAAUGUGAAGUCACUGUACAGCUACUCUGACCCAUUUAAGUAUUUUUGUUUAUCUCAAUAAGCUUUACCCAUUUGGAAUAAACUGCAGUAUAAGUCAUAUUCCAUAUGUCUGUAUCAUGAAUUUAUGUGGAGGUGAUGCCUCUCCUUUUCAGUUUUUUUUCUCAUUAGUAUUCUUUUUAUUUUUGAUGUACACAGUAUUUUGUUGUAUUUUUACUGUAACUUUAACCUCUGGAUGGUACUAAUAGGGUACCCUGUGUUCUUCAGGGCACUUCAGAAAAGGUGCUACAGCUUGACGUCACGUUGGAAAUGGAACUGAGAAUAAUGUAAAAUACAUAUACAGUAUAUAGUAUGUUUUCAAAAGAUUAAAAACUUAUUACUCAAGCCACUGGCCUGAAAACAUUUACGCCAACAACAGACCCUGCCUCUUCAACCUCCUCCCUCUUUUGAGAUAACGGGAAAGUGUACAUGUUGCUGUACUGUAAAACAUGUUACUCAUUUAAAGUUCCUAUUUUUAAGUUUUCAUAAUCAUGAUCUGUCUGGAUUUUGUAAAGGUUUAUGUAAGAACUUCCUGUAAUUAUUUUAGUCUACUCGUAUGUUAUUAAUAUUCAUGUUUUAUAUCAGUUAUUUACAUGUAAGCCUUAACUGUUUUAUCAUCCCAUUUCCAUUACUCUGUAUUGUGUUCUGCAGUAUUCAGUCGUGUAAACAUCUUUAUUUUUAUCCUUCCGCAUGGAGUUCCUGAGCUGUAAUCUGUAUGAUAACUGUUUAACCCAUGUUCUCUAUGAAAUGAUAUUGCGUAGAUUUAUUACACUUUUUCCUGUCUUGCAUUGUGGUUUCAUAUACGGUUUCUAGACAACUAAAUAUGCACAGCCAAGACUGAGAAGUUAAACUAAGGUUAUCAAUGUUUAAAAAAGGAAAAAAGCUUUGUAUCUUUACCUUGUUUAAUAAACAGACUGUUAUAAACUCA